CCAUCAACAACAUCAAGAAUCAAGUCACGUGGGCCCCACUUCCAUGGAAUUUUUGAAGUUUCAAUUCAAGCAAUUUUGAUUCAGACAGAUUUUCCCAGACAAACAAAGUUUUCGAAGUAGAGAGAGAAAGUAGUAGAGAGAGAAAGUAGUAGAGAGAGAAAGUGGGGUAAGAGAAAACAAGGAGAAGAAGAAGGUUUGUGUUGUGUGAGCUGAGAGCGGCCCUUUUGCUUUGCUUUUAUUUUGCCCCUUUUUCAAAAAGCAAACAUCUUUUCUUUCACACCCCUUCUUCAAACCCUAUACAUCCCUUCUCUCUCAUAAUCUUAUUGGAUUUUUUUUGCUAAUUCAAGUUGAAGGUACCUGGUUGGAUUUUGACUUUGGUGGGUAGAAUCUCAAAAACCCAGAAAACCCCAUUUUUUCUUCUGCAUUCUCAUGAUCUGAUUGUUGUAAUCCGGCACCAUGACGAGGAUGACUCGUGAAUUUGUGACUAUGCAAAAGGAGAAUGUCCCAGCUGUUUCAGCGGACGUGACAUUCCUGUCAAGCCGGUUUCCUAAUUACAGGAUUGGGGCUGAUAAUCAGGUUUUGGAGGUUAAGGACGAGCCUAAAAUGGUAUCAAUGAAGGAGAUUGUUGCCCGAGAAACUGCAAUGUUGCUAGAACAGCAGAAACGCCUGUCAGUUCGUGAUCUUGCUCACAAAUUCGAGAAGGGAUUGGCAGCUGCUGCUAAGUUGUCAGUAGAGGACAAACUCAAGGAAGCUGCUUCUUUGGAGAAACAUGUUCUUUUGAGGAAGCUUAGAGAUGCCUUGGAAUCCUUAAGAGGUCGUGUGACUGGUAAAAACAAGGGUGAUGUAGAGGAAGCCAUUUCCAUGGUUGAGGCUUUAGCUGUUCAGUUAGCCAAAAGGGAAGGAGAAUUACUUCAUGAAAAGGAGGAGGUGAAAAGGCUAGCACACUUUUUGAAGCAGGCAUCUGAAGAAGCAAAAAGACUUGUUGAGGAGGAAAGAUCUAUUGCUCGCUCUGAAAUCGAAAACGCAAGAGCAGCUGUUCAGCGUGUGGAAGAAGCCAUUCAGGAACACGAGCAAAUGUCCCGAGCUUCAGGAAAGCAGGACUAUGAAGAAUUAAUGAAGGAAGUUCAAGAGGCUAGACGCAUCAAAAUGCUCCAUCAGCCUAGCAAGGUAAUGGACAUGGAAUAUGAACUUCGAGCAUUAAGAACUCAACUCGUGGAAAAGUCUAAGCAUUCUAUUCUCCUUCAAAAGGAGCUGAUAAUGAAAAAAAAGAACGAGGAUGAACUGGCCCAUUUAUAUGAAAUCGAAGGGCAAGAGCUGUUAGGGUCUUUUUUGCGGGUCAAAAAACGUUCCGAUGAGGCUAAAGAGCUCUUUGAAUGCUCAAUUCAGUGGUACAGGAUAACGUCUGAUAGUGAGAAAAAGGAGCUUAUAUCAGGGGCCAAUAAACAAAUUUACGCACCGGAGCCAUUUGAUGUUGGAAGAACCUUGCACGCAGAAAUCACCUUCGACGGUGGAAAAGCCAUGGUGUCCACCACCGGUCCAAUUGAUCCUGCACCAGGUUUGGGAAGCUAUGUUGAGGCUCUUGUUCGUAGACAUGAUACGGAAUUCAAUGUAGUAAUCACUCAGAUGAAUGGCGUAGAUCAACCAUCACAAUCCAUCCAUGCUCUGCAUAUUAGAAAGAUGAGGAUGAAGCUUUGUAAGGGCAAGACAACAAUCGCCAAAGAGUACUAUUCCUCUGCAAUGCAGCUUUGUGGGGUUAGAGGUGGUGGAAACGCAGCAGCACAGGCAGUAUUCUUCCAAGCAAAGCCGGGUUUGAGCUUCAUUAUAGCAUUUGAAUCAGAAAGGGAUAGAAAUGCCGCGAUUAUGCUUGCCAGGAGGUUUGCUUUCGACUGUAACAUUAUGCUUGCUGGUCCUGGUGAUAGAGCGCCCUAAUCUCUCGGUUAAAUGUAUAUUAUCAAAGAUCAGGAACGUGUCGUGUAUAUUACUCCGUAAGUUUGUACUAAUAGAGAGGUUUUAGAAGAGGGCUUCGACAAUGUCGCUGUGUAACGUAUUAUCUAGUGUGCAACCACCCCACCAUCUUCUCUUCCUAACCACAGAGGCAUCCAUUUUUUUUUUCUGGGUUUGCCAUUUUAUCUGGUUUAUUCAUUGGAAUCACCCUGAGUUGUAUUUUUUUUUAUUAGAAUGUCUUUUUUGUCAUUUUUUUUUGUAUCCCUGUAAAAGAGAUUAAGGCAGGGCUUGACUAGCCUCUGAUUGAUUUAUUUAUUUGCUCAUUUGGGAGUGGUUUUGUUGAUUUACUUAUAUAGAAAAGAAAAGAAAAAAAAGAGAAAGUUUAACUUUCA